AUGGAAUAAAUUCUAAUUCUUAUAAAAUAACUUUACCAUUAAAAUAAAGAAAUACGCAACAUCUCUGAAUAAAAACUCAAUUAAAUAUUUAAUGAUGUUCAAAAAAUAAGAAUUGGAUUUGAAUAUUUAUGUAAUCACAAUCUUGAUAAAUCACUUAAAACUUAAUUUUUUAUUUUUUUGAAGCAUUUCAUUUAGCAAAAUUAUACUUCACUACUAAAGAAUCAUUAAAUUGAAAUUCAAUAAAUUCUAUUGUUUUACCUUGAUAAAGUUGAUUAAUAGAUCAUUCCUUUAUUAUGUAAUUUGAUCAACUAUAUGAUCUUAAAUUCACUUGAUUCCACAAAUAUUAUAAUACAAAUAAUAAAUAAUCCUCAAAUUGAUAUGGUAUAUAUUUAAUUGAUUACUGAGAUGAUGAAUAAUUAAAUUAUUAAAUUAAGAAUUAGAUAAUCAGGAUAUCGAUUAGAUUUUAAUAAAAUUUAUAAUAUCUUUAAUUUCAAUAAUCUAAAAGUAGUAGAUUUGUUGUUAGAUUUAUAUAUUUCUCUUACUAGUUCCUUAUUUUAUUCAUUAACAGAAAAUGAAUAUAAUACUAUCAUAAAUUAAUAUUGCUAAUUUAUAUAAAAUAAUCCUUAUGAAUAAAAUUUAUUAAGAAAGUUUUAGAAAAUAAUCUUUCGAAUCAUUAAGAGAAUGAGCCCAUCAGAACUUAACUACUAAUAAUUAUUGUAAUAAAUAACAAACAAUUAUCUGAACAAUAAAAUUAAUUUAGAUAGAAUUUUUGCAUACAGCCUUUUAAAAAUAUUAAAACAAUUAAUUAUUCGUUCAAACAUUUAUUACCCAAAGCAAAAAGAAUUAAUCAUUUUCAUAAUAAUUAAUAUAAUUUAAUUAGAUCCCAGUACAUAUCAAAAUUUAUAUUCAAAUAAAGAUGAUGAUUAUGUAUAUGAUUUCUAUUUGUUAAAGAUAAGAAAUUUUGGAAUUGAUUUUAUUUUAACUAUAUUAAAAUUUGAUGAAUAAAAUCAUAUAUUUCAUGAAAUUUUGUAAAUCUUUGAUUAAUAUGCGCUUGCUCUAUAGGAAGAGAGUGAUUAUAUCAAGAAAGAAGCUCAUUAUUAUAUAAUUUCAAAUCUGUUUAAUCAAAUACCGAUUCACAAUAUAGAUUAGCUCUUUUUACAAGAAUUACUUUGUUGUUUGAAAUAAAUGAAUAGUAUUUAUAUUCCAAUCAAAAUACAAAUACUAACUCUUUUAAAAACGUUUAUUCAAAAAUAAAUCAUAGCAAAUACAUCAUAAAUCAAUUACUUAUUGGCUAUUCUUAAAGAAUAAAUACAAUUAAUAAACUUAAUUAAUAAUCCGAAUUUGUUAUGUACAAUGAUAGAUUUAUUAAUUUGUUUACAUUAGUUUUACCCUAAAAACAAUUGUAUAAAUCAAUAAAUAUAUUUCGAUUUAAAAUUCUAUUAUUCUCUGUAGAAUAAGAUUAAUUAUAAAUAAAAUAUUCUUAAAUGUAUGAUUUUACUAGAAAGUUUAAAUUUUGGAGAUAACUCUAUUAUCAGUAUUAUAAAUUUGGAACUAUUAAAUAUCCAAUCAGAAACACAUUUCUACAAAUAUUAAAUAGGUAAUUUUUUUAUAUUAUCAUUUUGAGAUGCUAAUUAAUGUAAUGAAUUUGAUUGUUGAUAUUUGGCCUUUCAAUUAAUUGGUUCUUAUUUAAAAUAUUAUAUUUUAAUUAAUUGAUUAAUCUCUUAAAUUAUUUAAACAUUAAGUGGGUUGUAUAAAUCUAUUAAAUAUGUUGCUUAGAAAGUUGCUUAAUUAUAAUGAAAUAAAAUAAAUAGUGAUUGGAGUAUAAAUAAGAUAAAUUUAACAUUUAUUAUUUGAUUUUUUGGAUGAGGAACCUGAUUAAUUUGAGAAUAUUGUAUAAGCUUAUUAUUUAGUAUUACUACAUGACUCUGCAGAUUUAUAACUUAUACUUAAGUUUAUCACUAAAUAUCUCACAACUUUGAUAAAUCAAAACUAUUUAUCCUUAUUUAGUUUGUUUUUAUUCAGAUUAAAAUAAGGAUAAUUCGAAUAAGAAAUUUAAUAGCUAUUAAUUUGCUUAUAUAAAAAAAUGUAUUAUAGUAUAAUAAUCAAGUGAAUAAGAUGAUGGGAGAUUGUGUAGUGAAAUAUUAUGUGGAUUAUCAAUUUUAGAUAGAAAUUAAUAUGAUAUCAAGGAAUUUAUGGUAUCUUAAUAAAGUAAAUUUUUUAUACAUUUUAGAUGCUAUAGAAACAAUGAUCAAUAAAACAAUAUACUUUAUUUAAAAUUAUAAUAAAUAUUACAUUAAUUAUUUAACUAACUUUUAUGAAUCAUUGAUUGUUAAAAAGCAUUUAAUUUUUGAUAUGGAAUCGCUUUGUUUAAACAAUAAUUAUUUAUUAAAAUUGCAUGAAUUCAUUAUUGAAUUAAGAAUUCAAUAAGAAGAAACAGAAUAUUCAAUUAUAAAUCAAAUCUAAAAGAUGUUUGAAAUAAAGUAUUAAACUAGAUUAUAGUUUUCAGAUUCAAUAAUUAAAGAAUGUAUAUAUAUUUGA